UGCAGCAAGCAGUACAACACUAGCAAAGAUCGACCUAUCGAGCAAAGGUAGCUAGCUUCUAAGGAGACUAGGAGGUAGAAGAAAGAUGGCGGCGGGGGGCGUGUGGGUGUUCAAGAACGGAGUGAUGGAGCUGGAGCAGGAGGCGACGAGCAGGAAGUCGCUGGUGUACGUGCCGGGGAACGAGACGAUGAGGUCGCUGGAGGCGCUGGAGCGGCGGCUGGGGUCGCUGGGGUGGGAGCGCUACUACGAGGACCGCGCCAUCGUGCAGCUCCACAAGCGCGGCGGCGUCGACCUCAUCUCCCUUCCCCGGGACUUCUCCCGGCUCCGCUCCACCCACAUGUAUGACGUCGUCGUCAAGAACCGCGAGCACUUCAAGGUCGUCGACCUCUAGAUAUGCAUCUGCGCGCCUAAGCUUCCCCAACUCAAUUAGGUAUUUAUCCAUACAUACAUACUGCUACCUCAGCCUAUAAAAAGUCUUAUAUUUUGAGAUGGAGGUAGUACAAAUAAACAUAAACGCGGUGUGUGAUGAUGUAUUUGUGUGAUGUAACUGUGUACACGUACUUCCGGUUCGUGGAGAUAUUAUAUGUAUAUACU